AACGGGCUGAUGGUCGCCUGCUCCAAGGGCUUUGUGGACAUCGUGCCGCUGCUGCAGAGGUGUCCCUACAUCAACGUCAACCAGCAGGACAACGACGGGAACACGGCCCUGAUGAUGGCUGCCCAGGCAGGACACAUCACCAUUGUCAACUACCUCCUCAACUACUACCCGGGUCUCGAGGUGGACCAGCGAGACCCCCGGGGCCUGACGGCGCUGAUGAAGGCGGCGGUGCAGGGGCGGCAGGACUGCGUCACCGCCCUGCUCCUGGCGGGAGCUGACCUGCAGGCCGUGGAUGCCGUGAAGGGGAAGACAGCCAGGGAAUGGGCGAAUUUCACCGGCCGCUUCGAGACCACCGUGCGCAUCCGGAGCCUCCUGCGGCGCCCGCGCGCGGAGCAGUUUGGAGUCCAGUACCAGCCCGAGUGGCCGGCGCUGGCCGAGCUGGUGGCCAAGGCCCUGAGCCCCAAAUCCAGGAGCAAGAGGCUGUCGGAGAAGAUCCGAUCCAUUUUCACCUUCAACAUCCCCCGCAAUCCCGAGGAGGACGGUGUGAUGGACCACAUGGUGAGGAUGACCACGUCCCUCGCCAGCCCUUUCGUGGCUACCGCUUGCCAAACCAUCUGCCCCGACAGCCCGCCCGAGGUGGGCAAGCGCAGGCUGUCGGUGCCGGAGAUCCUCGGGCAGCACGUGCCGGAUCCGGACGGCGAGUCCCAAACGUCCUCGCGCCCCGGCACCGGGGGAUCGUCCUGCAACGGCCAAGCCACGUCCGAGGUGCGGCUGCUGCCGCCGCCGCGGCCGCCCGGCCGCCUCCUGAGCUUCCUGCCGCUGUGGCUGCGGCGUGGGAACAGCAUCUUCCCCGGGGAGCCAGUCCCAAAAAUCAAAGUGAGCAAAGCCUCGGGCUCGUCCGCCGGGGAGCGGAAGCCACGCGUGAAGGACAAGCACCUGCUGCAGCCGCCUCAGUGGAGGUACAAGACGCUGAAGGAGGAGAAGAAAGCGGCCGAGGAGGCCAAGACGGGGGAGAAGAAGAAGAAAAAGAAAAAGAAACGUUAAGAAAAAGAAAAAGAAAUGUUAAGGAGGGAGGUGCCGGGGUGGGGAUGAGGUUUUUGCUGUCCCCUUGGAUCCGCUGGCUUUUCUGGCACGGGGCUGGUUUUGUUCCCGGAGGAUGGGAAUGUCCAAGGGAGGAGGAUGAUGUGGGCGGACACACCCAGCUGAAAUAUCCCCGAGGGUUCACAGGCCCCUGCCUGGCCUCUUGUCCUCUCCACCCCAAGGGUGGUACAUGUUGUGCUGGGCACUGAUGUCCUGAGACCCUGGCCCAAGCUCCAGGAAUGCCAUGGAGCAGGAUUGUGGCACAAGUCCUUCCUGUGUUUUUUCCUCUUUCAUUUUUUUUCCUUUUUUUUUUUGCCUCUUUGAUCUUCCCGAGCUCUCUCGACUCCACAG